GUGAGGCGCGAGGGGAGAGUGGGUACGCGUCCACAAACUACUGGAUGGAUCGCUUUCUUGGUAUACCGGAUAAGACCUCACUUGCUGACCUCUUCUACUCUCCUCCUCUUCUAUUCUUUCCCUCUCGAAAUGCGAUUUCCGCGGGUUUCCGUGGGGUUCCUCUUUCUUGUCACUCACAACGACUGCGAGGCAUAGCAUACUCCUCCGAGUAAAGCCCCUAGUCCUAAUGGCAGCAAUCUCUUCCGUCUCCUUCGCCUCGCUGCGGCAAGCCUCUUCGGAGAGGAGACCGACGCCCUCCGCCUUUGGAUCCUUCGCCACUUCGGCUUUCAGAGGCCCUCGAUUCAGACCCCCUAAGCUGCGCUCUCGAAAGGUGGUCCAGUGCGUGGCGGCCACCACCGAUGUGCCGCCCACUGUAUCAGAAACAAAGUCAAAUUUUCUCAAGUCAUACAGGCGGCCUAUUCCGAGCAUAUACAAUUCUGUAUUGCAAGAACUCCUUGUGCAGCAUCAUCUGAUGAGAUACAAAAGAACUUAUCAGUAUGAUCCUGUUUUUGCACUUGGCUUUGUCACUGUAUUUGAGCAGCUGAUGGAAGGAUAUCCUAGCAAUGAUGAUCGAGAUGCCAUCUUUAGAGCAUAUAUCCAGGCCUUAAAAGAGGAUCCUGAACAGUACAGAUGUGAUGCACAAAAGCUGGAAGAGUGGGCUCAAGCUCAAAAUGCUAAUUCAUUAGUAGAUUUUUCUUCGAGAGAAGGUGAGGUCGAAGAUAUUUUGAAAAAUAUUUCUGAACGGGCUCAGGGUAAGGGAAAUUUUAGCUAUAGUCGAUUCUUUGCCAUUGGACUAUUUCGUCUGCUUGAGCUGGCAAAUGCAACAGAACCAACAAUCUUAGAAAAGCUUUGUGGUGCCCUAAACAUAAACAAACGAAGUGUGGAUAGGGACCUCGAUGUAUACCGCAAUCUUCUUUCAAAAUUGGUCCAGGCCAAGGAACUUCUGAAGGAGUAUGUCGAUAGAGAAAAGAAGAAAAGGGAGGAGAGAGUAGAAUCUCAGAAGGCUAAUGAGGCUAUUACUAAAUGCAUGGGAGAUUCUCAUUUCGCAAGACGAUAACUUCAGCAAGCCUUUUGAACUGUUUGAAAGCUUGAUGAAACUUCAGCUUGCCUUUCCUUUUAUCUUCACUGGAGCAAGGUGGAAACUUCAAGCAACUUGUUAUAUGUAUGAAGAUAUUUUUCACAUUUGGUGUUUAUUAUUUGAGUUUGAGGAUCCAAAUGUUUCUUAUUUAUUCAGCUGCACCAUUUUUUUAUACUUUUGUUUCGUACAUGCAUGCGGCAUCAUAAUGCAGGCUUUUUCACUUGCAACA